UGUGACCACACAGUCUUAGUUAUAACACAUAUCAUCUGCUUUGGUUUUAUAUUCCAGAAAGGAAUAGAUAAGGAAUUCUACCUGCUGUUUACAGUCUUUGAUGAAAAUCUGAGUUUCUAUCUUGACACAAACAUUGAUGCAUUUACGGGUGAUCCCUCAAAAGUUAAUAAGGAAGAUGAAGAUUUCCAAGAAUCCAACAAAAUGCAUGCAAUCAACGGCUACAUGUUUGGCAACCUGCCGGCCCUCACUAUGUGCAAGGAGGACAACGUUUCUUGGCAUGUGAUUGGACUGGGCACCGAAACGGACAUGCACGGUGUCCAUUUCCAAGGGAACACCAUCCGUUUGGGCGGCACAAUCAACCACCAUAACCACAAAUCUUUUCUUCCUUCGCAGGGGCUUCCCGGAUCGCAAGGGCCCAACGGUUUCCCCGGACCAAAAGGACCCCCGGGUCCCUCUGGGAAAGACGGGGUGCCCGGCCACCCUGGGCAGCGAGGAGAAGUCGUAAGUUCUUCCUUCUGCGGGGCGUUGCUUCGCCUUUCUCCAAAAAACGGCCGCUCUGCUGCUAGUCCUGAGAGCUUUCGGCUCCUUCUUGGCUCCUUCGCACCCGCUUCUCUCUCCUGCUUCUUUCCACUCAGACGCCCUGCUUUCUCCUCCUCCUCCUCAGGUGCCGCCAGUUACGGACAUGUAUUUUUGAGCCAAGGUGAAGAUCUCAUAGGUUCAAAGUACACGAAAGUGGUUUAUAGGGAGUACCAAAGUGGAGAGUUCACAGAACACAAAAAGAGGACAACAAAGGAGCAACACCUCCAGAUUCUAGGACCCUUGAUUCAUGCAGAGGUUGGUGACUCAAUCCUAAUCAUAUUUAAGAACAAAGCUAGUAGGCCCUACUCAGUGUCAGCCCAUGGCAUAGAAGAAGACUACAUCGGGAAUAAAGCACAUGCCACUAUGCCAGGAGAAAUCAGCACAUACCGAUGGAAUGUCCCAGCAAGGUCGGGUCCCGGUGUCUCUGAUCCUAAUUGCAUUACUUGGGUUUACUACUCAACAGUACAUUUUGUAAAAGAUAUGUACAGUGGUUUGAUUGGACCACUUAUCAUUUGCAGAAAAGGAAUAUUAAACGAGAAGGGCGUAAGGACAGAUGUGGAUCGUGAAUUUGCUCUUUUGUUCCUUGUUUUUGAUGAAAAUGAGUCCUGGUAUUUGAAUGAAAACAUUGAAAAAUAUCUAGAUAAGAAUCCUAAAGAAUUCAAUCACACAGAUGACUUUGUGGAAGGAAACAAAAUGCAUGCAAUCAAUGGAAAGAUCUACCACAAUCUCCAUGGUCUAACAAUGUAUGAAGGGGAAAAUACAGACUGGUAUCUGAUUGGAAUGGGAAAUGAGAUUGACCUCCACACUGUCCAUUUCCAUGGAGAGAGUUUUCUCUUCAAGAUGGAUCAUGAUCACAGAGGAGAUGUCUAUGAUCUCUUCCCUGGGACAUUUCAGACUGUGGAACUUGUAGCCUUUAAUCCCGGGACCUGGCUUCUACAUUGCCAUGUCCAUGACCACAUUCAUGCUGGGAUGGAGACAACCUACACUAUCAUCAAAUUAGGUAACAUCCUUGCAACAGAUGCUGUAGGACAUGCAGCCACAACCACAGAGUAUGAUACAAUUACUGUCAAAAGAAAGAAUUUUGGAAAAGGAGGUAACGGCAGAGCAGGAAUAGAUUUCUUUGGGAAAAAAUUACACGUGGGAGAAGCAAGCUCGGUCCUCAAAGCUCUUUUUCUCACUGGACUCGUCCUGUUGGUAGCUCUUUUGAUUCUUAUGCUUCUUCUGGUGUUCCAGAAGAAGAGAGCUCGGUAUAGUGCCGUUGGUCGCAAAAGUGACCUUCCAAUGGAAACUCUCUGACUUCAAUCAUGUUGAUAAGGUCUUCAGGUGAGAUCCCACUGCUCUAUAUGAGUGUGUUAUUUAUAGAGUGACCUUGGCUGCUGCUAAAAUGAAGGCUUCCUGGGCAAACAUAUUGUUACGAUAAAACAAAGAAUGCGUAUGAUUGUGGGAUCCUCUUCCUUUGGAGCAAAUUCAAACCAAAUCCCAGAACUUCUACAGUCUGGAUCUCAAAGCAGUCUUUUAAAUAUUCAGACUCCACUUAAAAAACAAAGAAUGUUUUCCUCAGGCAAAUAGAAUGCAUCUAGGGAGUGAAUCAACUUGACUGAAAUCUCAUUGGCCUUUUUAAUGUAAUGAACAAAUUAUGUUACUAGGGGUGAAUCAUGAACCCACCAGCCCAGUUCAAGCUUGUAAACCACAUAUAGAAAGAAGUUGCAGAGAAGAGGCUUCUGAUUUUAGGUGUGCAAUUCAACAAGGCCUCAGUUCUGGCCCCAUAGUCUCUUUAUAACUUAUCAGUCGUACCAGAAUUUGUGAAAUGGGCACAUCUUGCCAAAUGAUGACAGAACUGCCAUCCAC